AUGGCCCAGCUAUACUACAAAAAGGUAAACUAUUCACCGUACAGAGAUCGGAUCCCAUUACAGAUUGUGCGAGCGGAGGCAGAGCUCUCAGCGGAAGAGAAGGCCUACCUCAGCGCUGUGGAGAAGGGGGACUAUGCCAGUGUGAAACAUGCCUUGCAAGAGGCAGAGAUCUAUUACAACAUCAACAUUAACUGUAUGGAUCCUCUUGGUCGCAGUGCCCUUUUAAUAGCCAUAGAGAAUGAAAAUCUGGAGAUCAUGGAGUUACUUUUGAGCCACAGCGUGUAUGUGGGAGAUGCUCUGCUGUAUGCAAUACGGAAAGAGGUGGUGGGAGCUGUGGAGCUGCUGCUGAAUUACAGGAAGCCGAGUGGUGAAAAACAGGUUCCAACCUUGAUGAUGGACACCCAGUUUUCAGAAUUCACUCCAGAUAUCACCCCAAUAAUGCUGGCGGCUCACACCAACAACUAUGAAAUCAUCAAACUGCUUGUCCAAAGACGGGUAACAAUUCCACGCCCACACCAGAUCAGAUGCAACUGUGUGGAAUGUGUCUCCAGUUCGGAGGUGGACAGCCUGAGGCAUUCCAGGUCAAGGCUGAACAUCUACAAAGCCUUAGCCAGCCCUUCGUUGAUUGCCUUAUCAAGCGAGGACCCCAUCUUGACGGCCUUCCGACUGGGCUGGGAGCUGAAGGAGCUCAGCAAAGUGGAAAAUGAGUUCAAGGCUGAAUAUGAAGAGCUUUCACAGCAGUGCAAGCGUUUUGCUAAGGAUCUUUUGGAUCAAGCACGGAGUUCCCGAGAAUUGGAGAUCAUUCUCAAUCACAGAGAUGAUCAAAGCGAAGAGCUGGAUCCCCAAAAAUGUCAUGAUUUGGCAAAGCUAAAGGUAGCAAUAAAGUAUCACCAGAAAGAGUUUGUUGCUCAGCCAAACUGCCAGCAGCUACUAGCAACACUUUGGUAUGAUGGUUUUCCAGGAUGGAGGCGGAAACACUGGGCAGUAAAACUCUUGACCUGUGUCACCAUUGGACUGCUAUUUCCUGUGCUAUCCGUGGCAUAUCUGAUUGCACCGAAGAGCAGGCUGGGACUGUUCAUUAAAAAGCCAUUUAUAAAGUUUAUCUGCCACACCGGCUCUUACCUAACCUUCCUCUUCAUGCUCCUGCUGGCAUCACAGCACAUCGUCAGGACUGACCUUCACAUGCAGGGACCACCUCCCACCAUCGUGGAGUGGAUGAUCCUGCCCUGGGUUCUAGGUUUUAUCUGGGGAGAAAUCAAGGAAAUGUGGGAUGGUGGAUUCAAUGAGUACGUACAUGACUGGUGGAAUCUGAUGGAUUUUGCAAUGAACUCCCUCUAUCUUGCAACUAUCUCCCUUAAAAUUGUUGCCUACGUCAAGUAUAACGGUUCUCGUCCAAGGGAGGAAUGGGAAAUGUGGCACCCGACUCUCAUUGCAGAAGCCCUCUUUGCAAUAUCCAACAUUUUAAGUUCCUUGCGUCUCAUAUCCCUGUUUACAGCAAAUUCACACCUGGGACCCUUGCAGAUUUCUCUGGGACGCAUGCUGCUAGACAUCCUUAAAUUCCUUUUUAUCUACUGUCUGGUGCUUCUGGCUUUUGCCAAUGGACUGAACCAGCUUUAUUUUUAUUAUGAGACCAGUGCCUCGGAGGAACCCAACAACUGCAAGGGGAUCCGAUGUGAGAAACAGAACAAUGCCUUCUCCACGCUGAACCUCUACGUCACCAAUGUGAAAGCCAGACACGAGUUCACAGAAUUUGUUGGGGCCACUAUGUUUGGGACCUACAACGUCAUCUCCCUUGUUGUGCUGCUGAACAUGCUCAUAGCCAUGAUGAACAACUCCUACCAGCUCAUUGCCGACCAUGCGGAUAUUGAGUGGAAAUUUGCACGGACGAAGCUCUGGAUGAGUUACUUUGAUGAAGGUGCCACUCUGCCCCCUCCUUUUAACAUUGUCCCAAGUCCCAAGUCAGUCUGGUACCUUUGCAAGUGGAUUCACAACCAGCUGUGCCCAGGCAACGACUCCGACAACGAACAGAAGAGGCACGAAAACCUCAAAACGUUCACAGAACGGCACGCUGACAACCUGAUUCAGAAUCAACAUUACCAGGAAGUUAUAAGAAAUCUUGUGAAGAGAUACGUCGCAGCAAUGAUAAGAACUUCCAAAACCAACGAAGGUUUAACUGAAGAAAAUUUCAAGGAAUUAAAACAGGACAUCUCAAGUUUUCGCUAUGAAGUUCUUGACCUCUUAGGAAAUAGGAAGCCCCAGAGGAGAAGUUAUUCUACCAGCAGCACAGAGGUGUCCCAAAAGGAUGAAACAAAUGAGGAUGGCGCUGGAGAAAAAUCCAAAGCCAAGAGCGUGUCUUUCAAUGUAGCCAACAAAAAAAAGGACUUCAAUGUAUCUGCUCUAAUUAAAACUAUGUCUGGGAUCAGUAUGGUGGAAGAGAAGCCAAAAAGCAACGGGAUCAGUAAGCGCUCCUUUGUCCGAAAUGGAAACAGAGUUCAGAGACUUUCCAGCUCCAAGAAGGAGUCCUUUAAGAGACUGGGCCUGCUUUUCUCCAAGAUGAAUGGACACGUUCCCGAACCAAACUCAGAACCCAUGUACACUAUUUCAGAUGGAAUUAUUCAGCCACACUACAUGUGGAAAGACAUUAGAUAUUCUCAGAUUGAUAAAGAGAGAGAAGAGAAUUGUUCCAAAAGUGAAAUUAACCUCAAUGAGGUGGACUACAGUGGGAACACAAGACUUACAGGACAGAGCAAGGAGUGCCCUGUGGUUUGUACCAGCUCCCUUCACUGUGCUUCCAGUAUUUGUUCCUCUAACUCCAAACUUAUAGACUCGUCAGAGGAUGUGUUUGAUUCAUGGGGAGAGGCUUGUGACUUGUUUAUAAACCAGUGGAAAGACGGGCAGGAUGAUCACGUUACAACUCGGCUAUAA